AUGGCCAUCCCUCCGAGACAGAGCGGACUUGUAGCUCCGCCGCGAGAGCCGCGAGCACAACUUGACGCAUUUGCACCUGGUGCACCAGGCAAAGCACCGCCUCCACCACCGGAAGGUUUCAGUGGAGUCUUCAAAGCAGAAGCCACACCGAAGGCUAAAACUGCAGCUGCACCGGCUGAGCCAAAAGUUGCGAAAGAGGCGUCUUCAUCGGUGAAGCAUGUGUAUUUUGAUUUCGACCAGACGAUUUCCAAAGUGCACGUCUUCAAGCAACUGGCUGGAUGGGAGCCUGGUGUUGCAGGGCAACAUUCUUUGUCGGAACGGGGGCAGAUUCAUCGGUUGAAGCUUCUGAAUGAUUCAUCUCAGUAUCAGUACCAGCCCAAUGGCCAUGUGGUGCCUUGUCGAGCUGGUGUGAAGGGGGCUGCAUCGUGGACAGCUGGACCAGACCGAGUGGAAGAGCUACGUGGUUUUUUUUCAGAUUUGAAAGCAGCUGGCGCCAAGCUCACAAUCAUAACCAAGGGCAAUGUGGGUGCCUGCCGCUUUUUACUCCAAGAAGAGGGUCUACUGGGAUUUUUCGAGAAGGUCUUUGGCAUGUUGGGCCAGUUCUAUGGUGAGUCUGAGUUCGAUCAAGAGAACAAGCAGCCAUCCGAGCUGGAAGGUACUCCAGACUGUCAACUUCCAGACAUGAAGGUAAAUCUGAUUCAAGCACUGAUGUCUAAGGCAGGUUUGAGCACGAACGAGGCUGCUUUGGUGGAGGAUGAUGCAGCAGAGAUAGCUUCUGUCAAAGGUGUUUGUCGCAGUGUCUUUGUGUCAGAGCGGAAGGGCAUGACUGCAGGAGAAAUGCAGGAGUUGAGAUCCAUGGUAGGAGUCCAAAAAGAAGCAGCCCAAGCCAAGAGCACAGCAGCUCCCAAGGAAAUUCCAGCAACAUCCAAAGUGCAAUCAGCAGCUGUGCCGCCGCCACCUCCCACUGGUUUCGCAGGAAUUUGUCAUGCAGCCGCCAAGGGCAAAGCACCGCCUCCACCACCGGAAGGUUUCAGUGGAGUCUUCAAAGCAGAAGCCACACCGAAGGCUAAAACUGCAGCUGCACCGGCUGAGCCAAAAGUUGCGAAAGAGGCGUCUUCAUCGGUGAAGCAUGCGUAUUUUGAUUUCGACCAGACGAUUUCCAAAGUGCACGUCUUCAAGCAACUGGCUGGAUGGGAGCCUGGUGUUGCAGGGCAACAUUCUUUGUCGGAACGGGGGCAGAUUCAUCGGUUGAAGCUUCUGAAUGAUUCAUCUCAGUAUCAGUACCAGCCCAAUGGCCAUGUGGUGCCUUGUCGAGCUGGUGUGAAGGGGGCUGCAUCGUGGACAGCUGGUGCUUUGGGAGGACCAGACCGAGUGGAAGAGCUACGUGGUUUUUUUUCAGAUUUGAAAGCAGCUGGCGCCAAGCUCACAAUCAUAACCAAGGGCAAUGUGGGUGCCUGCCGCUUUUUACUCCAAGAAGAGGGUCUACUGGGAUUUUUCGAGAAGGUCUUUGGCAUGUUGGGCCAGUUCUAUGGUGAGUCUGAGUUCGAUCAAGAGAACAAGCAGCCAUCCGAGCUGGAAGGUACUCCAGACUGUCAACUUCCAGACAUGAAGGUAAAUCUGAUUCAAGCACUGAUGUCUCAGGCAGGUCUGAGCACGAACGAGGCUGCUUUGGUGGAGGAUGAUGCAGCAGAGAUAGCUUCUGUCAAAGGUGUUUGUCGCAGUGUCUUUGUGUCAGAGCGGAAGGGCAUGACUGCAGGAGAAAUGCAGGAGUUGAGAUCCAUGGUAGGAGUCCAAAAAGAAGCAGCCCAAGCCAAGAGCACAGCAGCUCCCAAGGAAAUUCCAGCAACAUCCAAAGUGCAAUCAGCAGCUGUGCCGCCGCCACCUCCCACUGGUUUCGCAGGAAUUUGUCAUGCAGCCGCCAGGGGCAAAGCACCGCCUCCACCACCGGAAGGUUUCAGUGGAGUCUUCAAAGCAAAAGCCACACCGAAGGCUAAAGCUGCAGCUGCACCGGCUGAGCCAAAAGUUGCCAAAGAGGCGUCUUCAUCGGUGAAGCAUGUGUAUUUUGAUUUCGACCAGACGAUUUCCAAAGUGCACGUCUUCAAGCAACUGGCUGGAUGGGAGCCUGGUGUUGCAGGGCAACAUUCUUUGUCGGAACGGGGGCAGAUUCAUCGGUUGAAGCUUCUGAAUGGGGGCAGAUUCAUCGGUUGA